UAUGUGUGUGUGUGUGUGUGUGUGUGUGUGUGUGUGUGUGAGAGAGAGAGAGAGAGUGUGUGUGUCUGUGUGUAUCGGUAAGUCACAGACAGCCCACACAAAUAUCAAGCCAUGCGUUUUGAAAUUAUGCACCUGUAAGAUUGCUUUAGGAAUAUAUACGAUGUAGUAUGUCUGCACAAUUGAGACUGGGGAAGAGAAUAAGUUUAUCAUACUGUUUGUGAAAUGAUUUGAGGUAUACAUUUUACAUGUUUACUCUACUGAUCAUAACGUUCUACGGUGGUCAUUUCAUGCUUCGGGUUUAUUCAAAGGCUGCUGGCCCCAAGCCAACAUUUGCGUUGUGCCCUUGCUUAUUAAGUCGCAGCUGAUGUCAUGGAGAAUCUGUGGGUUUAUAAAUAAGACUGUCUUGAAUGAACUGAUCGAGUGCUAUGUCAUUGUGGAUGUAAGUGAAUAAUAAGGACUCCACUAAAGCAUUUCUACGGCCAACAAAUAUAUAUAUAUAAUACGUCCAUGCUACAUCAUCAAUGAAAAGGGUGCUUUAGUUAAUUGUAAAAACAUAAAUAUAAUCAAGGUCUUUUGGUGAAAAAAUAUACAUGAUCAUAAAAUCCCUUUUCACAUGCAGAGGAAACUACAUCUCGUGCAAUUCGCACACCAUGUGUUUAUAUAUCACUACAAAAAUAGUAACAAGUGUUCGUAUUUAUAUAUAUGAAGUAAAAUGAAAAGAAAACUGUGACGUUUGAAGACACCGCAAAACAAAGAACGCCCAUAUCGGUCAGCACCACAAAUAGAUAUCUAUCACACGUUUCCAACUCUUUCUCACGUGACAGUGACGUCAUGUUGACGGGACUGAGUUGGCACCAAGUUAAGACCUAUAUUCAAUGAUAUUCUAGGAAUCACUUGCAUUUCAAUUGAAAAAACCCACUCCAGUUCCAGGAAUUUUGAAGAGAUUCCACUUACAUAUUUGUACAUUUGGGAUAUAGUUUAUCACACUGCGGUACAGGAGUCGACAGGUCUAAACCAGUAUUUUCACAGAAAUGGCCACUGAACCGUAUGAACCGCUAAAUGUUCACAUUUAUGAUGACUCCGCGGGAUGCUGCUCCAGCACCAAGUACUAUGUGUUACGGUACGACACGGAAGGCAAGGAUAAUCCAUCAUGGAACAUAGUUCCAUUUAACAGUGAGUACAGGAUCGAGUUCAAAGCCACUGGACAUGGGAAGACCUAUUGUGACAGGUCACAGCCCUUUCCCUAUGCUAUCAUGCAAAUGAUGGAAAUUAACAAAAAGAGUCUCACCAAAGACAACUACGAGGUGAGGAUCGAGAAAGACCCGUCGUUCGACUUACGCAGAUACUUUCCACAACAGCAUUAAAUGGAAGACUUAGAUUGUCGUCGUCGCAGGAGUGAAACCUUUGCUGCCCUAUCAGUUAAAUUCAACGUUAUGUUUGAAUUUUUGAGAAUGAUAUUGUAGAAUGAGGACUUAAGACAUUAAGGAACAUUGUGUUUCAUCUGCGAUCAAUUCUAAUGUCUUUGAAUCAUGUAGUAAAUUGAUACUGCUGUUGUUGCAGGAAUCAUACUUAGUGUUAGAUAAGCUAAAUGAGACCCAUGUGUAGUGUUUCUAAGAUAGUUAAAAAAUAAAAUGUAAUCAAAUGUCCAUUUUUUCCCGAGCUGAGGCAACUCUUGUCCAAAGUCAAAAUGACUUCCAAGAACUUUAUAAUAAUCACAGAAUAUGCCCCCGUCUUGAUGAUUUUUAUGUGGAGAUGUAACGCAUUUUCAAACAGAACGAAGCGUACUGAAAAUAUAAGGCUAGAGUGAGGACAUAGGCAAUCGGAGAAUGAUGCUUCCAAUCACAAAAUCAUCUGUCAAAAACCACUGUUGUGCUUUCUGUGAUAGAUUGAUGUUUGGCACUGAACAGGACAAAACAGAACAAGUUUAUCUAUAAAGACAUGAGCCCCUCGUCAACGGUACUAAAUAUAUUUUACAUUCAGAGCAUAAUGGCAUGACAUUUCAAAUUUCAAUUUCAAUGUAACCUGUGCUUAAUGAAUUCAGCUAGAUACAACUAGAAACUAUUAUUAAAGGGUUGUAACAAUUGAAAAAAAAUUAAAAGGUUUAUUAAAGGUUAUGUAAGUAACAAA